GCCAUCUACAGACAAAAUAAAUCGAGAAACUUCGAGAAGUACCUCGACUGUUCACCAAAUUUGUAUAUAUAUAGUAAAUAUGUACGGACACUCGGCAAAUCAGUCCAAUAACGAACCACUGCCUCCUGGUUGGCAAAUGAUGAUCGAUCAACGUACAGGUUGGCCUUUUUACAUAAACCACAACGAUCAAACGACUACGUGGGAAGAUCCCCGUUUAAGAAAGUCUGACCAUCAAAAUUCGAUAAACAUCCCUAUUCAACGAGUGGGGAACGAACAGAGGAUGCCCCAACAGCCACAACCUCAGUAUCAACCUCAACAGCCACAUGGCGGACAUAAUAUCCCAUAUCAAGCUUAUCAACAGCAGACACAUCCUAAUUAUCAGCAUCCUCAACCUAGUAAUUUACCUUAUCCAUCUAACUUCGCUGCUACUAAUCCAAAUAACCAAGCGAAUUUUUCCUCAAACAAUAAUGCUCCCCAUAAUCCAAUCGUAAAAGAAAUACCAAUCCAAAGAGAAGGACAUACUGCAUCGAUGACUAAGACACCAGCUACAUCAAAUUCGACUCAUCUAGAGACUUCCAAACCUAGUGCGGACUCACGUAAUACACCCUCACCUUUGCCACUAUCAUCAAUGGACAAAGUUAACAAGAUUACGGAUGAAGUUAAAAGCCUUAAAGAAAAAGUUGAAAUAUUUAAAGGAAAGAAGAGCGAUAAAGAGUAUCUAUAUCUUGAAGAGAUGUUAACCAGACAACUUAUACAAUUAGAUAAUAUAGAUUCGGAAGGGGACGAUACAAUUAGGGCUUGUCGAAAAGCAGCCGUUCAAAUGGUUCAGACGAGUAUUGAUAUACUAGAGCAUAAGUGUUCACAGUAUAACAAUACAAUGACGAAUUAUUCUACUGCAAAUAAAGAAAGUGAUGGUACAACUUCGUAG